ACAUUGACUUCCUGUUCCUCACUUCCGGUCCCUUACUCUCACGUUUACUUCCGGCCCUUUUCCUUUAUUCUUCCGACCAAAAACUCGGUCGUUGUCGGCACUUCGAAUUUUCAGUUCCCGUGAGGGAGGGCCUCGUCCGAACCUGAGAAGCGUGGUGGGCCGGGGCCGCGCGGCCCCAGGGCGGAGCCCUCAGCCACACCAUGGCUCGAAAUGCAGAAAAGGCCAUGACGGCCUUAGCAAGAUUUCGCCAAGCUCAACUGGAAGAGGGAAAAGUGAAGGAAAGAAGACCCUUCCUUGCUUCAGAGUGUACUGAGCUGCCCAAAGCUGAGAAAUGGAGGCGACAGAUUAUUGGCGAGAUCUCAAAAAAAGUGGCUCAGAUUCAGAAUGCUGGUUUAGGUGAAUUCCGGAUUCGUGACCUCAACGAUGAAAUCAACAAGCUGCUCAGGGAGAAAGGACACUGGGAGGUCCGCAUCAAGGAGCUGGGUGGCCCUGACUAUGGAAAAGUCGGCCCUAAGAUGCUGGAUCAUGAAGGGAAAGAAGUCCCGGGAAACCGAGGUUACAAGUACUUUGGAGCAGCCAAAGAUCUGCCUGGUGUUAGAGAGCUAUUUGAAAAAGAACCUCUUCCUCCUCCCAGAAAGACCCGGGCUGAACUCAUGAAGGCAAUUGAUUUCGAAUACUAUGGUUACCUGGAUGAAGACGAUGGUGUAAUUGUGCCUUUGGAACAAGAAUAUGAAAAGAAACUCCGGGCCGAGCUGGUGGACAAAUGGAAGGCGGAGAGAGAUGCCCGGCUGGCGAGAGGAGAAAAGGAGGAGGAGGAGGAGGAAGAGGAGGAGGAGGUCAACAUCUACGCGGUCACCGAGGAGGAGUCCGAUGAGGAGGGCAGCCAGGAGAAGACCGGGGAGGACGGGCAGCAGAAGUUCAUCGCCCACGUGCCGGUGCCCUCUCAGCAGGAGAUCGAAGAGGCACUAGUGCGGAGGAAGAAGAUGGAGUUGCUGCAGAAGUACGCGAGCGAGACGCUGCAGGCGCAGAGCGAAGAAGCCAGAAGGCUCCUGGGCUACUAGCUGGCUGGCUGGCUGGCUCUCGGGAACCUGGAAGGUCUGGUGGGCGCCGGCUGCCCAUGCAGCCAUCCUGCAUCCCACAGGCCGGGGCGCUGCCAGGUCCCUGCUCCUUUCCCCAUGGCUCAUCUCUUUCCUUGUCUCUUGGCUGCUGCGAGGGGAGGACUCCGCCCUCUGCCUCCCUGCUAGGCCAUGGGGUGCCCAGCGCUACAGCCAUGGCCACGUGCAGCUGUUUUGCUCACUCAUUUUUGUUCCAACGUGUGUAAAACAAGCCAGGUGUGGUGCACAUCUGUCAUCCCGGCAGCUGGGGAGGCUGAGGCAGGAGGAUCACAAGUUGGAGGCCAGCCUCAGCAACUUAGCAAGGAACUCAGCAAGACUCUGUCUGAAAGUAAAAAAUAAAAAGGGCUAAGGAUGUGCCUCAGGGGUGAAGUGCCCCUGGGUUCAAUCCUGGGUACCCCCCUCCAGAAAACAAACCCAACGUGUAUAAAAUAGAUGGCAAGCUGGCUGCCUGUGUUUUGUUCCACCCUGUACUGCCAUUUUGCCAGGAGAAGGAUCAUUGAGUGACCAAUAUUAGAAAGUGAUUUUUCUCCGGGGAUAAUGGCACACGCCUGUAUUCCCACCAACUGAGGAGGCUGAGGCAGGAGGAUCGCAAGUUGGAGGACAGCCUCCAACAGUCACUUCGUGAGAUCCUAUCUUUCAAUAAGAAAUACAAAGGCCUGUGAUGUGGCUCAGUGGUAGAGCACCCCUGGGUUCCAUCCCCAGUACCACACACACAAAAAGGUGAUUUUUCUCUACAAAAGUGAGAUGCUGGGACCACCCUGAGCCCAGCCCACGGGCCAUUAGCCAGAGCUGCCCCAUUACGCUGGGCUCCUCAGCGUCUCCGUGAGCACCCCUCCUACGUGGCCUCCCAUCCAGGAGACGGGAAUGCCACACGCGCCCCUUACGUUUUACAAGCUGUUCUGCAAAGAACUAUUUUCAUUAAAGAUUUU